GUAUAGGAACGCGUACGUGACGGGCUAAGCUAGUUAGCGCUAGGGUCCUCCUGUCUAACCUCACCGGUUGGUGUAGCUGGCAGUCCCGCAUAAUGUUCAGAGCCGCCGUCCGACUCUCUGUCUCCGGUGUCCGGAGCUUAACCCGUACGCAGCCAGGGUGCCAAGCUCUUUUGGCCCCAAGGUGUUACUCACAUGGGAAGCAGGAGACAGACGAGGAGUUUGAUGCCCGCUGGGUCACCUAUUUCAACAAGUCAGACAUUGACGCUUGGGAGCUGAGAAAAGGGAUGAACACAUUGAUUGGUUACGAUCUGGUACCUGAGCCAAAGAUUCUAGAGGCAGCACUGAGAGCCUGUCGGAGAUUAAACGACUUGGCCAGUGCUAUCCGAAUUUUGGAAGCUGUGAAGCACAAAGCAGGACCUCAUAAAGAGAUCUACCCGUACCUGAUCCAGGAGCUACGGCCAAUAUUAGAUGAGCUUGGCAUCUCCACACCUGAAGAGCUCGGCAUUGACAAAGUGUAAAUGAAUAUCUGAGAGUGGAUAUCCCCAGCACACAGAACCCUUGUACUUAAAUGUUUGCCUCAUAUAAUACAUGUGAUAUUUAAUUUGGCCUUUAUUACGUUCUUUUGCUUGUAAAAUAUUGAUGAACCUAAUAAAGGAAAAUGUAUCUUUA